AGAUCGGAUGAUGAGAUGAGGCUGCUCACAGCAUCAUUCCGAGCGGCGAAAUCCCCAUAUCUAAUUCUAAAUCCUAACCCAAACCCUAAAUCUAUUUCCCUAAAUCCGCCGUUGUCGUCAGAAUCGAGUGCCGGUGCGAAAUCCAAAUCAAAAGAAAUGACGUGGUGCGUUUACCUCAUUCUUUCCACCAAUGCUCCCAUUAAAACCUACGUCGGCGUCACCAACAACUUCUCCCGCCGUUUGAAACAACAUAAUGGCGAACUUAGUGGUGGUGCUAAAGCAUCUCGUGCUGGAAGGCCAUGGGUCUGCGCUUGCUUAAUUCGGGGUUUCAAUGACCGAAGUGAAGCUUGUGAAUUUGAUUCCAAAUGGAAAAUGGUGUCAAGAAAACUGCCUCGCAAAAGGAAGAAUAAGGAGGCUGAUGAUUGCUCCCCAAUGUUAUUGCAACACAGAGAAACAUCUCUAAAUAAGGUUAUUGGUUCAUUGGAUUGCGGUCACUUGGAAAUUGAGUGGCAAAUGAGCACUUCCUAAUUUAAUGCUGAUUUUAAUAUAUGCUAUGAUUGGAUUGCAGUCACUUGAAAACCGAGUGGA